CAUUUAGCUUGUUUGUGUUUGGUGCUGUGUGGUUUGUAUUAGAUACAGUUCCUAUUGAGCUUGAAUCUUACCAAGUCAAAGUGUAGCAUUUACUGUUUGUUGGCUAUACAGUUGGAUUUUAAAACCAUUUAUCCAUCUAUUUGUAGUCAGAUGUCAAAUAGGAUCUGAAGAAUCUAGAGAGAAGUCUGGACGUUUGAGUCGCAGAAAAAGUUAGGAGUUUUGAAAUGGAAAAUGUGUAGGAACCCUGUACUUUAGCGGAGCUGUAGAUAUAAAGGUCUCCAUCUGUGAAAUGGUGUCGAUGUGUUUGAAGCUUGCUCACUGUCAGCCACAGUCUAGUUCUCGGUCACAAUUUAGAAUAGGCCUUGAUUUACAUGGCGGUGCAGGAGCUUCUAAUUCAGUAAUCCACAUCAAACACACUACUUCUGCACACUUGUACAUAUAGUAUUUUUGUCACACCCUCAUUAUAGUCAAUUAGAGCCUUCAGAUAACAUAUAGCUAAAAGAGAGAGGUGGCAGGGAGCCCAGCAGUUCCAACACUUUCCUUGUUUGGCUUCUAAAAAUUCAAGUUUUGUAGUUCUUUAGUGCAACUUAAUAGCACUUCUUUCGACACCUAUUCAAUUUAAGCAUCAUAACAGCAAAAUCUUUGAGCAUCCGGUGGUAGGCAAGUUGUAAAAUAUUGAGGGGAAACGUGUGAUCCCUGCUGGCUCUGCACUGGCAGCGGUAGUCUAGCUGUGCACUUAUAAAAGGACUCAGGAAUAUUUAAGGAAUCUGUUUUGCCAGCUGCUGUGUUGCCUACACAAAGCCUGCUCUCUGUCUCUGGGGGCUCCUGGUUUAUAUAAACCACCCAUGACAUCCACCAACUGGCUACCAUAACUCUGGGUGGACGUCUGAGUUUUACAGCAGAACUGUGGGAAACUGUUUAACUAAUCUUUGCAUCCAGCCUGUUGGACUUCACACAGUUGCAGAACUGAUAGAGGAGAACUUUGAUCCGACAAAAGUGUCACACUACAAUUUUAUCUCUAAUCAGAUUUAUAAUGGUUCUACGCAUUUGUGUUCUCACAGCCCUCUCUUAUUGUUUAUGGAGGCUAUUAACUGUAGUUUCCCACCAUCAGAAGAGAUCAUUAUUUAUUCUUAUGACUCUAAUUCCUUUAUAUCUGACUUUAGAUUAUCAGCCUGUUUACAUUGUGUGCUGCUGCUGCUGCGCUUUUAUUUAUUAACUUUUCAGGCCCUGGUGACUGGUAGGAAGGUGUUAUCCUUUUCUUACAGAUACAUUUAAGGUUUCAGUUCAUCAGGUCCACGUAGGUUAAAAUAUUGCAGUCUAAUACAACAGUCCUACAAUAAAUCCUGCCUUCAUAAAGGUUAUUGAUGUUUUUAUUUAGCCUAAACAAUGGAUACACAGUAAAUGGAGUUGACAAAAUACUAGAAACUAUGUCAACAACAAUCAAGCAAUCAGCUGUUCAUUUUUAAAUUACACAAUUCUUUCAGAAAAGAAGUUCUUUCUUUACUCCUGUGUGACAGUGAACUGAAUAUCUCCGGGUUAUGGACAAAUAAGACAUUUCGUGUCUUUGGAAAAUCAGAUCAGUUUUUUUAAGCCAUUUUCUGGCAUUCUAUAAACUGAACAACACAGAAAAUUUAGAAACUAAUUAAUAAUCUAAUCAACUGUCAAAAUAUCCAUUAGUAGCAGAAAAACCUGUGAGUAAAACAGUAAUACUGAGCAGCAAAACACUGUUUUACACCUCAUUAGGUUUAUCUCAUUUACUUUGAACUUGUUGGUAAGUCACAUCAUAUCAAUUAUCACUUAUCUGCUUGCACUUUUUGUUUAAGACACCCAGAGUAAUGUCUGUUUUAUUUUACUGUAUUGUCAAACUAUAAGGCUUUUAUCUACAAGGCUGGUAUGUGUGAAAUGUGUCCGGUAGUGCUCACACUGUGAGAGUCUAAACGUAGAAGUUAGUGAACCAAAACUUAAAGCUUUUGCCGCUGUAGCUUCUGCUUUCUUGGUGCCAUGUCAUUUGAGAUCUGAUCCUUGAGUGUCUGGGAAUUGCUGGACCUUUUUCUGAGUGUCUGAGCACCAGCAUUCCUGGAAAGCCAAAAUGAAUAUUGAGAUUCAGAAUGAAUGUGAGCCAUGUGGUUAGAGAGCAGGUGCUGCCUGUGGGUCUGUAAAUCAUGCGGACUGUCCCACCGCCAUAUGCUUCCCUCUUUUUUAGUGGAGGCAGGAACAGCACGCCACAGAACAGCCUUAGUAGGAGAUGGACACAGUGAAUUUUUAGGAGCUACGUGAAAAUCUAAGGUAGCCAAGUUUUAAGUUCAUAAAUGGUUAUCAAUUUUUGUCUCCUUUUAAACAACCAGGAGAUGGCAGUAGACGUGCAUCAUGCCAGAUAUCUGAUCAUUAAACGGACAGUUAGCAACAAUUUAAAUUGGUCGUUGUGAUUAAACAGUAGUCCAUAACUGUGAAAGAGUCAUUUAUAAGGUCAUUAAAAACCAAUAACCAAAGCAUCAUGUUUGAUAUCAUAAAAGUGAGAUACUUUACAAGCUGGCCAACAAAACAAACUGAGCCCAUAAAAAAAUUACAGUUAAGCGGUGAACAAGACUCUCUGACUGCUAACAUUUGUUGAUUAUUGCAAUAAUAAAGAUAAACUGACUUGGACUGCAGUCAAGAAAUGUUUGAGUUAUGCUUGAUUGGUUGAAAAAGACAUUUCACAAUAACAUAUUUAAUUUAUCAUCAUAUAAAAUAAAGGACCCAAAAAAAUGCUUAUUUAUAAGCCCGAAACCAGAACAUUGUGGAAAUUUACUCUAGGGAUUGACCAGAUAUCAGCCUGACUGAUAAUUAAAUCUGAUAUUCAGCUUUUUUCCAAAUAUCUGUGUUAUCUUUUUGAAUCAAACUCCGAUAAAAUAAAUACCUAAAAAAAAAACACUUUAAAUGUGCUGCUUUGACCACUGUGUCCAGCUAACAAUGCUAGCUGAUCAGUUAAAGGUCAAGUAAUAACCUGCUAAAUAAAUGAUUAAAAAAUUGUCUGUUAACUAAAGAAAGGUGAGUUUUGCAUUGGAAAUUUUGACACAAAGCUUUUCAGUUUUACUCCAAACAUAUGUAGCUUCCACAUUUUGAAUAUUGGCCUCCUUGCUAACUAUUAGUCGAUGUCAGACUUGACCAUGAAAAAAACAUUUUUGCUAAAUUUUUUCUAAAUGUUUUUCAGCUAAUCUGGUCAUCGAUUCCUUAAAAAGUGUGUCUCAAGUGUUUGUCAUUUUUCCUUUUGUUCCAGCAGUAGUAUUUCUGUAGUUAGACGCGUUUCAGUCGAGCUGCUCACACCCAUCUGUUAUUAUCAGACUGAUAAGAGGGGGAAGUGACGAACAAUUUGUCAGCGCGUUGGUCAGUGUUGUUGACAAGGUUUUAAACUCGGACAAGAGAGCGGAGUUCUAUGAUCCGGCCUCCAGCGUGAAGCCACUCCUCCACAGCAGAAGGCGCUUUCUUAGUGGGCGAGUCUCAUUCCUGCUCAGAGUCCACACAGCUCAGGUUUUGUCUACUUCUCAAGGAAAGUUUUCACUCUGGAUUUUGAGGGGUUUUUCCACCAGGACAUGUUGUGACUCUACUUUAACCUGAAGAACAGCACCAAGAAUUUGAUCCACUGAAAUGGAAGGCAAUGGAGAGAUCAGCGACACUGACAGCGGCAUCAUCCUUCAUUCAGGCUCGGACAGCCCAACAACACACACGAAGGAUGUGACCACACACACACGGGCCAUGAAAGUUAAACAUCAAGAUCUCCGAGACCGACUGGAGAUCUGCAUACUGGAGCUGAAGAAACUCUGCAUCCGAGAAGCUGAGCUGACAGGCCGACUGUCAGAAGAUUACCCUCUACUGCCAGGAGAAAAGCCUCCACAGAUCCGCAGACGUAUUGGAGCUGCGUUUAAACUGGACGAGCAAAACAUCCCUCAAGGAGCAGAGGACUCACAACUGAGCUUAGUCGAUGCAGAGUUGGCGCUUCAGAUGAAGAUAUAUGAAGCUGCACGCAAGCUCUGCGAAGAGGAACAGUUGAGUAAAGCUGUGAGAAGGAGCCGGUUACAGCAGUGCAAAAGAGAGGAGAAGAAACUCAAACAGCUCCAAGAGACGUCCUUCCAGCUACGACUGGAGCAUGGUAGAUCAUCGCCGCUCCCUGCCUUCAAUAUUACACAACAAGAUCUUGGCACAUCGGAUGACAGCUCUCUGUCCGACUCUGUUGUGCAAGAUGAAGAAGUCACAAGCCAGUCCUCUCAGCCAUCCUCAGGACUCCCUUAUCCAGUCGAAACAGAUCCUCCCCAGCCUGCCCCUGCAUCCUCACACUCCUCUGUAGACGGCUCCUACAUGUCUCCGUCUGUGGCUAAACAAUCCCUGCAGCUGAACCUGCCUCAGUCUCCCCUCGCCAGCCUUGACUCCAAAUUGAGUUCAGACUCAAGUCCUCUGUAUGACCUCCCUCCCAUCCAGCACUCCCCGUGGACGGAGUCUAGUCUUGACCAACCGUACCAGAAGAGCAAGAAGUCGCGCUCCUCCAGUAAGACGAGUAGUCCUGCCAAAACCGAACUGCUGCCACCGUUGGAGACUUGCUUAGCACAAGCUGGUCUGCCGGUCCAACUCUCCCAUCUGAGGCUGAGCCGAACACAGUCAAACAGCACUCCCUCCACACCAGAGAUGCGUAUGCACCGACAGCUUUCCCUCAGACUGUCCAGUGAAUCUUCAUUUGACAAGGAUCGCGGUCGCACCAGGGGUCCAAGGAGGAGACUGACAGAGUACGCAAUAACUUUACCACAGACUCCUUUACCUCCAGUGAACCUGGGACACCAUGCCAACUCUGAGGAUAGCAACUCUGAACACUCGUUUACGUCCUACAAUAGCUCUCCAUGUCAGGAGUCGCCUGGUGAUUUGCCCAAAUAUCAAUGUGCAUUCCCAACAUCGAGCCCAGUGUCCGGCUAUGGACCUCCAGCCUUCUCACCCUCUGGCUUUUACCACAACCCCAGACACAUGUCCAGCCCCAGUAUUCAGAACACGUAUUACAACAAAGAGAUGGUCUACCCAGCUGAUAGGGACAUGUCUCCAAGCUAUUACCCCCAGCAAGCUCCUUGUUCCCCCAACAGAUAUGAAUAUUGGUAUAAAGACGCUGCUGUACCCCACCAGAGAGCACAGAGGCCUUUACCUCCUGACGUCAGACUCACACCUCCAGCACAAUGGGACCAUCCACAGUACCGCUCAAACUGCCUCCCACGACAAGUAGUGAAUGAGCAGCUGAAGUCGUGGCACCGGCGCAGUCAGCUGAAAGCCCCCAGGUCUCGUUCUCUGGACAGACAGGGAGCAGUCAGAAUGAAAAACACGUCAGCUCGAGAGUCACCCUGCUACCCGAAUCAGAAGUAUCAUGACCAGCUUAUUCAGAGAGCAGCUCUCCAAAGAGCUGCAGAGGACGUUCAAGGACACUGGGUUGCUGAUGACGGCACUCACUAUAUCAGCCAAGUGUGAAAAGAAGAAGCUGGGAUGAAACUGAACCUCCAGUUUUCCUGUUCAACCAAAGUGAAGCGGACAGAAAAUUGAGUUAGAUUAACUCUGUAUGCCCAAAAAGAAUUGCUUUUGUUCAUGACAGUUCUCGUCAUCCUGUUUAUCUGCCUGACUGCAUUCAAGCAAACAGAGUAAGGAUGAAAUAUCUGGAGCAUCGUAGUACAACACAAACAACAGCCUCCAGGUUAAUGCAAAGUCACAAACAUCUUCAGCAAAGUUAUUUUUGUCCGCUCUAUAUGCUGUUUUGUACUAAUGGAUAUAAUUAAGCAGUAAACAUUGAACUGAAUGCCUGUGAAAUACUAGAAAUGGGAAGGGGAGUGAAUUCAGGGGUGUUUUCAUAUGUGACGAAGACAUCACAAACAACAUACCAGUGUGGUGGUUAAAGAUAACAGGAGCUCCUACACAGUAACUACCACUAAAAUUGCUCAUUGUAGUUAGAAAAUUAGAAAUGUGAACGUUCCAUAAAUAACGUAUCUCAUUUAAAGUUGUUGAAAGUAUUCUUAGAUGAGUUAUGAUUGUCUGGUAUAUCGCUUUUGGUACAUAACUUUAUCAAACGAUAUAGUGCUGCAAUAGAUGUGACUAUCUGUAGCUGAACACACACUCCCGAUGGACUCACAACAGAGAAGUUUGCUUUUUGCAAAUUGAAGGAAAUGAAUCCACUGUAUCAUAAUGUAUAUUAGCAAAACAUCCUUAUGAGUACCUUCUGUUAAUACUGUUGACUUGAUUGAAUCGCCACGUUCAUGAACUUGAGCUGCUUAAAUUUCUAGGUUUGUCCUCUUUACAGUGUACUUCUGGAGGCAAACCUGUCUUGUUUUUGUACUUAAAUGGGUCUGUGACUGUGUUUGUUAACUUGAAUUACUAAUGGACUUAAUCAGCUAGUUGAAACUAGAUGUUAACUUACUCACAUGGCAUACAAAGUAGCAGAUUAAGACAGAAGCAGAGUCUUGAUGCUUGGCAGCUAUUAGCAGGUCAAACUGAAAUUCUAAUGUUUUCAGCUUUAACUGUGUCUUUUUCUGUGUCUGUGUUGGUGCAGUUUUUGAGACGGCAGCUCACUAGACACUAAACUUCUGGUUGGCACCCGUCACAAUCUGAGUGUAUUUAGAAACACUAGCCGUAUGUGAUUGACAAGCAGAGGCCCACCUCUCAACUAGAUCAUUUGAGAACGAGAGUCAAUUACUGCAAAUUCAGUUACAGCUACACACUGCUCGGUGUCUCCCAGUGAUCUAUUUAUGUAUUAAUUUAUUGUGAUUUGCACCAUUGGACCUAUGGAACGUCAGACUUGAAAUAAAAGACGACAUGGACCAGAGUUUGAGGGGAAAAAAAUCCAGUGUCUAGUUAUGUAUGUUUAAAAAGAAAGAAAAAACAGACCACAAUCAUGUUACCCUUUGUGCCUCUUUUGUUACUGUCUUUUUUUAUUAUUAUUUAUCAGGUACAUUAGUUUAGUGGACCUAAUGUGUUAUGUUGCUGUUGAAAAAGAUAAUCUGUGAAAAUAUUUUUCCUGUGGAGGUGAAUAAAGAGUAUCGUUUGGA